CCCGGGGGGUGGGGGCCGGACAGCGACCGCGACCUCAGCGUCGCUGCCCGGCCGCGGGCCGCUGCCGGUCGCCCUGGCUGCAGUGGGCGACGCCGAGCUGGGUCCCCGGCCACUCUCCAAGUGCGCGGGAAACCGACAAGAUAUCAACAACUUUUCUUCUAGAAAUCUUUCUUUUGGCUCAAUCAGAAGCUGAGAAAGAAAACACAAUUAUACUAAAGGCCAGAAAACUGCUUAUGUCCUCACAAGUAUUUGUCAAACGAUUACAGUAACAGAAUUAUGUGUACA